AUGGUCCAGUUGCACUUGUUACACAGCCACAAUACGGUCAGUGGGCAGAAGAAGCGUAAAAAGGUGGAACGCGAGCGUGUUCUCGCAGCUGCAUCGGAUCUACGCGAACAUCAGGGCGAGGAGCAGAGACGUCAAGAAGAGCUACGACAACGCAAGCUGCAGCUCCAAAAAAUGUCCGAGGCGAUUCGUCUGCAAAACCAGAGAGCUGUUCGAGCGAGAGCGGCGCAUUCUCCAGAAAUGAGAGAGCGACGCGUAAAAUCUGGUCGACGCUCCGAGAGUGCACCAAGUUUUCCUGAACGGAAGCCACCCGUGCCACGUUUAAGAGAUGUGAGUGCGUCCAUCUUGAUGGGAUCGACGUCAGCUGUCGAACAUCAUGCUGUGAAAAGAAAACCUCCGUCCACGACACCGCGUUCUUCGAAGAAGAAGAAACAGGGAGCUACAGCACAGACUACAGAGAAUGAAGCAGCCGUGCGUGCUAAAGAAGAGCGACGAGCAAUAGCUCGAGAGUAUAUGCAACUUCAACAACACAGUCGGCGGAUUUGGAAUGCGAAGGCAAAGCAGCAAGCUCAGCGAGAGCAAGAAAAACGACAACAACAACUCGAGGUAAGAGAAGUUCACCUGGUUUAA